UCAAUAGUUCAGGAGUCGUGCUGAACCAACUCUUAAUUCACAAACGUUGUAAUCAGAGAACCGACUCUUUAGAAUCGACUCCCGGCCACACUGAGAUACAGCUCCUGUCAAAGUGUGUCUGUCGGGUUGUAUGUUUAAUAUUAAUAAUAUUAGUGGACAAAUUACCUAAAUUCUAAAGUAAAGUGGAUACAAAGCAGUGGGGUUUAAUAUCUUUUUGGUCCCUGGAUGCCCCCCGGUGCCACCCGCUCGGCACGUGCGAGCCAGUUGACCAUGGCUGCCAGUUGACCCUCGACCCCCAGGAUGAUGUCGGUCAGAGAGCGGCUUCGGCAGAACAUCUCGGCCGCCUUCUACCGGCACGGCCUGCUCUGCGCCUCCUACCCAGUUCCCAUCAUCCUCUUCACCUCGGUCAGCAUCCUCGCCUGCUGUUACCCCCUGCUGAAGCUGCCCCUGCCGGGAACGGGGCCCGUCGAGUUCACCACCGGAGUGAAGGAUUACUCCGUCCCCGUCCACGAGCCUCAGGGUGACCCGGGCGAGCGGCCGGAAUGGUAUCGGGGGCCUCCAGUCGCCUACAUCCAGCAGGUUUUGGUGAAGGCGGCGGUGUCUCCGUGGGACAGCAGCCUGGUACCCGUAGACGUUUUCCGUUCCCCUCUGGGCCGAGUGUUCAGCCUCCUGGAGGAGAUCCGGAAUCAUGUUCACACUGACAGAAGUUUGGAGACCCUGUGUCUCCAGGUGACGGACCUGUUGCCGGGGUUGCGGCGCAUGCAGAGCGUUCUUCCCGAACACGGCUGCCUGCUGGUCUCGCCCGGCAACUACUGGCAGAACCGGCGCGACGUCUUCGACUCCGACCCCGACAUUCUGAGGACGGUGCAGCAGCACGAACCUAAAGGCCUGCACACCAGCGCCACGCUGAAAGACCUGCUGUUCGGCGUGCCAGGGAAGAGUACAGGAGUCAGUCUGUACAGCAAGAAGAGGGUCGUCACCUACACCAUCACCAUCGCCCUCAGCACCUACGACUCCAGGUUCGUGGCUAGCCUGCGCGCCAGGCUGAAGCAGCUUCACCCCUCGAUGAACUGCAGUCUGCGUGAGGAUCACAUGGUGCACGUCCACUUCAAAGAGGAGAUCGGCAUCGCCGAGCUCAUCCCGCUCGUCACCACCUACAUCAUCCUGUUCGCUUACAUCUACUUCUCCACCCGUAAGAUCGACAUGGUGAAGUCCAAGUGGGGUUUGGCGCUGGCUGCCGUGGUGACGGUUCUCAGCUCUCUGCUCAUGUCUGUAGGACUCUGCACUCUGUUUGGCCUCACGCCCACGCUCAACGGAGGGGAAAUAUUCCCGUACCUGGUGGUAGUGAUCGGGCUGGAGAACGUUCUGGUUCUCACCAAGUCUGUGGUGUCGACACCUGUUGACCUGGAGGUCAAACUCCGAAUCGCUCAGGGUCUGAGCAGUGAGAGCUGGUAUAUCAUGAAGAACAUGGCCACUGAGCUGGUCAUCAUCCUGAUUGGAUACUUCACCCUCGUCCCGGCCAUUCAGGAGUUCUGUCUGUUCGCUGUGGUGGGCCUGGUGUCCGAUUUCUUCCUGCAGAUGUUCUUCUUCACCACCGUGCUGUCCAUCGAUAUCCGCCGCAUGGAGCUGGCUGACCUGAACCGGCGUCUUCCGGCCGAGGCAGGGAUGCCCCCUCCCAAACCCGCCGCCUUGCGUCACAGAGAGGCGCCGCCGCCCCCUCGCCCGUCGGCCCACACCAUCACGCUUCAGACCCCCGCCUUCAGGAACCUGCGUUUACCCAAGAGGCUCCGUGUGAUCUAUUUCCUGGCACGGACUCGCCUGGCACAGCGCAUCAUCAUGGUUGGCACCGUGAUCUGGAUCGGGAUCCUGGCGUACACGGACCCGGCCGGUCUCCGGACCUACCUGGCUGCUCAGGUGUCCGAGCAGAGCCCUCUAGGGGAGGCAGGACUCCCUCCUCACCUGGGCGUGGCUCCUGUGUUCCCGGGUGGAGACCCCACUAGCACUUUAAGCGUCCUUCCUGCCCCCGAUCCCACCCCCGUACCCGAGAACCAAUCACAGGAGGCGGACAGUCCGGGCCCUGUGCCUCUGAUCAACCCACAGAUUACCUGGGGCUCGGAGGACGAGGAGGUCUGGAGGAGGCUGUCGUUCCGUUACUGGCCCUCCCUCUUUGGCUACUACAACAUCACGCUGGCUAAGAGGUAUAUCAGCAUCUUGCCCGUCAUCCCGGUCACGCUGCAGCUCAGCCCUCAGGAGGCCAUCGACACACGCCACCCCCAGGAUACCCAGCACGCGCCACGCUCCAGUCCCAGGACCACGCAGAUCCAGACGGACCUCACGCUGUACAAGGUCGCUGCUCUGGGUCUGUUCGCUGGAGUUCUCCUCGUCCUCCUGCUCUUCUGUCUCUAUCGUGUCCUCUGUCCUCGUAAUUACGGACAGAACGGGGUCCAGCAUGGCCGGCGUCGCCGCGGUGACCUGCCCUGCGAUGAAUACGGCUACUCGCCGCCCAUCAGCGAGAUCUCACCGCUGCUGCUAAGGGGCCACAACAUGGAUAUCGAGUGUUUAGCGAGCGAUGGGAUGCUGUUAGCAAGCUGCUGCUUAGCAGGACAGAUCCGCGUGUGGGAUGCGCAGACCGGAGACUGUCUUACUGUCAUUCCCAACAACGGCUUGAGGAGAAGCAGCAGCAGCGGGUGUUGGGACCACCGUGACGGCUGGGAUCACUACGACCUGGACUCUUCUCCGGGGUCGGAGUCUCGUAACAUGUCCCCGCCCGCUACGGCAGGCUCAUACGCCAACGACUACCCCCUGCGACGACGGGCCACGCCCGCUCGGCCCGCCCUCUUCGUGGAUCAGCCGGAUCUGACGGCCCUCAUAGACACUAACUUCAGCGACCUGCCUCCCUCUCAGGCCCUCUCCGGCUCCGGGUUCGAUUUCGGCUGCCUGGUCGAGAAAGCCUACAGGGAGCACGAGGCGCCGCCGGUUUCUCUGCCCACGCCGCUUCCUCCGACCCCGCCCACGCCGCCGGUGCCACCCGUUGAGAGGUUCCCCUCGGCGAGCGGGGACCUGGAGAGCUCGGUCUGGUCCAUGGAGCUGAGGGGAAACCUGAUCGCUGUGGGGAGGAGCAACGGAAAACUGGAGUUGUGGGAUGCAGUAGAUGGAUUGCUACGAUGCUGUAAUGAAGAAGGAACCUCUGGAAUCACUGCACUGGCUUUCCUCAACAACAGGAUCGUCGCUGCUCGGCUGGACGGCUCGCUGGAUUUCUUCACUGUGGAGUUUAACAAACCUCUGGGGCUACUGCAGCAAAGAGGGCCUCCAGGUCGUGCCAGCCUGCCCCCGUCACCCUGCUACAGCAGCGAGGAUGUGAUUAGCUGCCAGCUGACACGUUCGGUGCAGUGUGCCCACCAAAAACCAAUCACGGUCCUCAAAGCAGCGGCGGGCAGAGUCGUCACCGGCAGCCAGGACCACACCGUCCGGGUCUAUCGUCUGGAGGAUUCGUGCUGCCUCUUCACCCUGCAGGGCCACUCGGGUGGCAUCACUGCCGUUUACAUAGACCAGACCAUGGUUCUGGCCAGCGGGGGGCAGGAUGGAGCCAUCUGCUUAUGGGACGUCCUGACGGGAAGUCGGGUGAGCCACGUUUACGGGCACAGAGGCGACGUGACCUCUCUGGUUUGCACCACCUCCUGCGUCAUCAGCAGCGGUUUGGACGACCUGAUCUGUAUCUGGGACCGGAGCACGGGGAUCAAACUGUACUCCAUACAGCAGGAGGUGGGCUGUGGUGCCAGUCUGGCCGUGAUCUCGGAGAGUUUGCUGGUGACCGGCGGUAACGGCUGCGUCUCAUUCUGGGACCUGAACUAUGGGGAUCUGCUGCAGACGGUGUACCUGGGUCAGAACAGCGAGGGGCAGCACGUGCGCCAGCUGCUGGUGCUGGAGAACGCCGCCAUCGUGUGUGACUUCGGCAACGAGCUCAGCCUGGUGUACGUGCCCUCCGUGCUGGAGAAGCUGGACUGACGUGUACGCCGAGACCCUGACCGGGUUCUUCACCUCCCGGCGGAGUGGGAGUGGAAUCAUGACCAGGACCUGAAUGUGGUGUGUGUGUGUGUGUGUGUGUGUGUGUGUGUAGAGGUUCUCACCCCCUGUAGAAUACGUCUGGAUUUCCGAUCAGAGCUUUUAUAUUUUUGCUAGGAAUCGUGUGAACGGGAUCCUGAACUCUGCUGCCUAAAACCAAUGUGUGUGUGUGUGUGUGUGUGUGUGUGUGUGUGUGUGUGUGUGUGUGUGUGUGUGUGUGUGUGUGUGUGUGUGUGUGUGUGUGUGUGAUCCUGUACACUGGGGAGGUCGUGUCACUUUUUAAUACUGAAUUAUUUUAUUAUUUAUUAGUGAUAAAUGCUAACGGUUGAAGCUGUAGGGUUCCGCUUCUUAUAUUUUAAAUCGUAUAUAUUUCCUAAUCAGUCGUGUGUAAAAGUUUGCGCCCCCCCUUCUUUGUUUUUAAAUCUUUAUAGUGAAUAAACGUUUUAAAGUCGUGUUUAUUCCCUGUAAAAAUCCUCAUCCGAUCUGAUCAGCACCGUCCAAACGUUUGCACAGCGCCAAACACGACAUGCAGGACGCUCAUCACGGCCGCUGUACAUUCAGUGAUUGUAUAUCUCCAGUAAAGAUUGCCAGAACAUGAGCGUAAAAGUACACUACGGGGACUAAAGUAUCGGGACGCCCCUUCUAAUGACUAAUGAAUUCAUGUGUUUCAGCCAGAGCAGCCGCUAACGUGUGAAACAAAUCAGUCAUAUAAAGGAAAUUAUGUGCCUACAAUAUUACAGCAACAGUUUAGGGAAGGUCCUUUCUGUUUCCAGCGUGACUGUAGCUCUACAAAGACAUGAAGAAAAGCAGCACUGAGCAGCUCUGGGAUGAACCGGAACAUCGACUGAUCAGUCAGCGCCCUGCCAAAUACAAACGCUGUCAUCUCUUCACUGAACAGGCACAAGUUUGGUGAAUAGAUCACACAGACGUCACUCUGUUUUAAUACUGUUUGUUUUUGAAUUGUGACGUCCGACAAGCUCAUAGUCGGGUGUCCAAAUACUUUUGGACCUAUAGGGUAUCGUGGAUACACAGCUAAUAUAUAUAAGCGUGUAUAAGCACAGGUGUUAAAUUCCUACCUGCUAAAUUAGACAGAACGCUGAUCAUCAGGCUAUCAGAGGUACACAGAGAGAGUACAGGGGUGUCCAGACUUUUUCUGACAGGGCUGAAGUCCAUCAUGUCUAAAUAGCUACUGAUUCUUUACAGUUAACGAAUGUUUAGCACUACAAGACUUCUAAAUGUUUAAACUCUCUUUGCCUGGAAGACGGUUCUUUAUUUUUAGGGAUUUUACUCAUUCGCAGAGUCGUCGCAGGUUCACCAGGAAACACGAGGUGUAGGGCAGGACCAGCCUGCGUGAUCCAUCGUGCGGAUUUGGAACAUGAAUGAACAUUAGGGAUCUUUCAGAGUCCUCAGCAGCACAGAGAAGCUUCAUCAUUAGCAAUAUGAAUGUAAAUAUCAGCUUUAUUUCACUUUAUGUGAAACGUUUUGUAGAAUUAUGGUGUAAAUAUUUCUGGAGGUGAGCUGGAACGCUGGAGCUCAUCAUGUUGGUGUAGCACAGCCUUCCCUAACCUUUUUGCAGCACGUAUCUUAUGUUUCAUAUAAGAUAUAAUUUCACGUACCGGCAGGGGGGGGACGACUUAAAAUAGAAUAACUAUAGAAUGGAAGAUCAGUGUGAAUCCUGAGCUUUUUCGAUGCAACGAGACGCUGCUCCCACCUAGUGGUAAUAGGAGACAAUAACACCUGAAGAGUUUUGGAAAUAUAAUUGCUCUUGUAGCGUCUCUGAUUAUUUAUUCUUUCUGUACGCCCCGGUAAUAAAUGACCCACGGACCGGACCGGACCGGACCGGGUCCGAGGCCCUGUGGUUGGGGACCACUGGUGUAGCAGAUCUACACUUCUGUGUCUGAGAAACGAGACGUUUGAUGUUAGUUUGGUCCAGAACAGAUUCCUCGACCACGUGUUGUAGACGUGACCAACAUUACGGUACCAGUGUGCUGAUUAUCUGAGGUACAUGCUACAGUCUCCUUAUAAAUAGAUCAAUGUGAGCAACCACGCUGGUAGGACGUCGUACAACCUGCCUUUACAUUCCACAUUUAGCGGCGGGUCGGUUCCACGGGGAAACACUGGACUCGGAUCAGGACACCCUGAAGCUUCCCUACAGAUCAGAAUCUAAAUUAACGGUUAUUUAAAUUUAUAACGAACACAUCGCUGCACAUAUCACACUGUACUGCUACAAGCUGGGUCAAACCAGUGCUGUCCAGUUAAAGCCAGGCAGUAAACCAUUAAAGUCGCCAGUUUUACAAUUUAGGAUUUACCAAAAUUUGAACAACCUUCCUGUCAGACGUCGCCAACAGAUCAGGCCGCUUGCAUUACCGUAUAGAAUAAGGUUCUCACGAAGCAUCAUCAUGUUUAGUAUGGUUGGUAUGGUUCAGCAUAACUGAGCGUUAAUUGUAGGCCAGUCAUGUUAAGUUGCACCGUCGGUGUGGAGAGAGAAUAUUAACGUUUAGUUUUAUUUUUAACACGGCGAGAGAACUUUGUACUAAUUUGCAAAUAAAACGAUUUUGAUACCA